CUUUUCCUCCGGACGUUGUUGUGGGGCCUCGGUGUUGGUGAGGAGAAGGGGUUCGGGCAGGCCACGGGCUCUUAAAAUGCUGGGGAGCGUGGUCCACCCGCGGGCGGGCAGCAGCUGCCGGCCCCGGCAGCUUGUGGGGGCUGCGGGGACUCUGCCACGGAGGCUCCCGCUCAGCACCCGCACCAGGACGGGGUGGCAGCCCGUGCCUGGUAUCGCCAGGAGCCUGCGUGCAGGCACCAUGGAGGCACCCAGCAGGAGCGCCGCCAGCCCAACCCGCAGGGUGCAGACCAUCAUCCAGAACAGCCCCCUGGACCUGAUCGACACGGGCAAGGGGCUGAAGGUGCAGACGGAGAAGCCCCACUUGGUGAGCCUGGGCAGCGGCCGCCUGAGCACUGCCAUCACCCUGCUGCCCCUGGAGGAAGGGAGGACCACGAUCGGCACGGCUGCGAAGGACAUCGUCCUGCAGGGCCCUGGGCUGGCUCCUGAGCACUGCUACAUCGAGAACACGCGGGGCACGCUCACCCUGCACCCCUGUGGCAACGCCUGCGCCAUCGAUGGAGUAAAGAUCCAGCGGCCCACGCGCCUCACCCAAGGUUGCACCAUCUGCCUGGGCCAGGCGACCUUCCUGCGCUUCAACCACCCUGCUGAAGCCAAGUGGAUGAAGAGCAUGAUCCCGGCAGGGGGCAGGAGCCCCGCCGCCGUCUACGGGCUGCCAGCGAAGCCCGAGGCCCUGGUGAACGGCGGCCGCCCGCUGCCCCUGCACGAGCUGGCGGCGGGGGAACGCGCCCAGCCCAGCCACAGCUCCCUGGUGAGCUCCAUCGAGAAGGACCUGCAGGACAUCAUGGACUCGCUGGUGCUGGAGGAGCCGGCGUCCCCCGGCAAGAAGCCGUCUCCCCGCGGCCCGUCCCCGCUCUGCUCCUCCGUGGUGAACGGGGGUGGGCGCUGCCUCCUGUCCCCCCCGCUGAGCCCCGGCGCCACCUCGGGGGGCUCCAGCUACGAGAACGCCUCGCCGCCCUUCUCGCCUCUCUCCUCGCCCACCAGCAGCGGGGGCUACGCCAGCCACUCGCCCAGCAGCCAGGAGCAGGGCCCGGCCGUGCCCCCCGUGGUGCCGCUGCGCUCCUCCAGCUACAACCACACCGUGCAGCCCCCCUCGCAGCGCCUGCCCGCGCUGCCCUACGGGGGACACGGCGAAACGCGGCUGGCAGAGCCCCCCCGAGCUUGGCAGGCCGUCCCGGACACCCCCGUGGCCCCCGUUUCCAUCGGCCUCGGGGAGCACCGAGCAGGCAGCCCCCGCGCCCAGCCCUCCGGGAGCCCCCGGCUGACCCCCAGGACCCCUCUGGGCUCCUCGGUGCCGCGGGCGCGGGCAGCCCUACAAGAGCGGCCCCCCAGCCCCUUCAGGGAGCCCAGGGACCCCCAAGCCCCCAGCCCCGCCCGGCAGCCCGCAGCCAGGGUGCUCCCGGAUGCUUCAGGACCAGCCAGAGCAGCCGCAGGGCUGCAGCCCCCCGAGAGCCCGCGGGCAGCCCGCAGGACUGUGGAGAGCAUGCGGGAGCUGCCCCCGCUGAGCCCCUCCUUGUCCCGCCGGGCUGCCAGCCCCCGGGCAGCCCCGGAGACCCCCUCCCCACAGCCCAGGCUGGGCAGAGAGGUUCCCGGGAGCCCCCGCAGCAGGCGCAAGGGCCACGAGGAGCCGAGCCCUGCAGCAGGGAGGAGCAGCAGGGCUGGGAGCCCCUCGUCUCCGCUGCUGGCAGAGCCGUCCCCGCGCCGCCCCAGCUUCGGCUCCUGCCUGAGCCCCGCGUACAGCCUGGGCUCCCUGGCCAUGCCCUCGCCCCGGCAGAGCCCCCGCGCCCAGAGGAAGCUGUCGGGGGACGUGCGGCUGCCCACGGGCGUGCGGGAGCGCAAGAACAGCAUCACCGAGAUCAGCGACAACGAGGACGAGCUGCUGGAGUACCACCGGCGGCAGCGCGAGGAGCGGAUGCGGGAGCAGGAGAUGGAGCGCCUGGAGCGGCAGCGCCUGGAGACCAUCCUCAACCUCUGCGCCGAGUACACCAAGACGGAUGGCGCGGAGCUGAGCCAUGCGCCCCGGCUCCUGGCCGGGGAUGGGGACGCUGGCCGGCAGGCACCCAGGGGUGCCCCCGAGGAGCUGGGCGUGCUGCGGCAGAGGGAGAGCCUGGAGAGGUCGGAUGAGGAGAACCUGAAAGAAGAGUGUAGCAGCACCGAGAGCACCCACCACGAGCAUGAGGAGCUGGUGGGUCCCCGUGCCAAGGAGGCACAGCGGCUGGAGGAGGAGCGAGCCUGCGUGCUCAGUCGCCUGGACGAGCUGAAAGGCCACGUCAAGGACCUGGAGCAACAGCUGCAGGAGAUGCUGCGAGAGGCGGAGAUGGAGCGGGCCCUGCUGCAGGGCGAGCGGGAGGCGGAGGCGGUGCGGCUGCAGCAGGAGCAGGAGGUGGUGCAGCAGCUGCAGGAGAAGCUCUCCAGCCUGGACGCCAGCAUCCAGAAGGAGCGGGACAAGGAAAGGGCAAAGCUUGAUGCUGAAAGGAAGGAGCUAGAGAAACUCCGGGCGCUUUACAAUGAGUCGAAGAGCCACCUUGAUAACUGCCCUGAGUCUAUGCGGGAGCAGUUGCGGGAGCAGAUGCGAAGGGAAGCGGAGGCCCUGGAGACGGAGACCAAGCUGUUUGAGGACCUGGAGUUCCAGCAGCUGGAGAGGGAGAGCCGGCUCGAGGAGGAGCGCGAGACACGGAGCCAGCAGCUGCUGCAGAGCAGGGCUGAGUACCACCGCAGCAUCGCCCACAGGAAGGACCGGGUGGCUGCCCUGGAUGCUCAGGCUGCCCAGAUCCAUCUGCAGAGCGCCCAGGAGGCUGAACGCCUGGCCAGGGAGAGGAACAGCGUCCUGCAGCUCCUGCAGAAGGAGAAGGAGAAGCUUGUGUCUCUGGAGAGGCGAUACCAGCUCGUCACAGGCGGCAGGAGCUUCCCCAAGAUGCCCUCGGCACUCAAAGAGGAAACCCUCCAUAUCUCAGAGCCUUAUGAGCUGUUAGAGGGAACUAAGCCCCUGAGCCCCCUGCCAGGAGCAGCUGCCUCCUUAGCUUCUCCUCCUGCCCACUCCUACCCCAAGGCGCAAGAGGAGUACAUGAGGCUGUCUGACGUUUUCAGGUUCUACAGCAAUGCCUAUGGCUCCAGCCUGGACACUAAAGCUUCUGCUGCUGCCCCUGCUGCUGCUCAGCGCUCUUUCUUGCUUGCUGUGCCCUCUGCAGCCAACGAGUACGUGACCGUUGAGCAGCUCUCGGGGAUCCUGUGCAGCGUCUGUGCCCCUGCCGCUUCCCCGCUGGGCCGUGCCCCUCCAGCUCCUUCGUCUCCUCCUCCUCCUCCUCCUCCUCCUGUGCUGGCUCUCUCUUCUCCCUCCAUCUCCUCAGAGAUGGAGAAGCAGCUCCCAGGGGGCCCAGCGUGGCUCCCGCCUCUUGAUUUAGAGAAGUGGUACCAGGAGGUCAUGGCUGGCUUUGAGACCUCCUCCUCCCCUCUCUCUCCUUGUUCUUCCCCUCCUCCGCUUCCAGCUAAAGCUCACUCUUCUCAAAAGUCUCUCCAGGUCUACCGUGCCAAACUGGAGGGCGACAGCGCCGCGCUCCCCCCUCGGAUGAAGAGCAGCACCCCGUCAUCCUCGCAGCUCAACAUCUCCGCGCUGGGGCGCAGCCCCUCGCCCAAGGGCCCCCCGCACGCCCAGAGCCACGCGGGCAGCUUGCCACGCAACCUGGCGGCCACGCUGCAGGACAUCGAGACCAAGCGCCAGCUGGCCCUGCAGCAGAAGGCCGACCCGCUCUCGGCAGAGCCCUUGCAGCCAGGCGAUGCACCAGGUCAGCAGGUGAUCGAGGAGCAGAAGCGGCGCCUGGCAGAGCUGAAGCAGAAAGCGGCAGCCGAGGCUCAGUCCCAGUGGGAAGCCCUGCACGGGCAGCCCCCCUUCCCCACCUCCUACCCCCCGCUCAUGCAUCACUCCAUCCUCCAUCACCACCAUGCCCACAGCGUGGGGCCCCGGGCUGAGGAGCUGGACCACGCGUACGACACCCUCAGCCUGGAGAGCUCGGACAGCAUGGAGACCAGCAUCUCCACGGGCACCAACUCGGCCUGCUCACCCGAUAACAUGUCCAGCACGAGCGGGAUGGACGCAGGAAAGAUCGAGGAGAUGGAGAAGAUGCUGAAGGAGGCGCACGCCGAGAAGUCGCGGCUCAUGGAGUCCCGGGAACGGGAGAUGGAGCUGCGGCGGCAGGCGCUGGAGGACGAGCGGCGGCGCCGGGAGCAGCUGGAGCGCCGGCUGCAGGACGAGACCACACGCCGGCAGAAGCUGGUGGAGAAGGAGGUCAAGCUGCGGGAGAAACACUUCUCACAGGCCCGGCCCCUGACACGGUACCUCCCCAUCCGCAAGGAGGAUUUUGACCUGCGGCUGCACAUCGAGUCCUCAGGGCACAGCGUGGACACCUGCUACCAUGUCAUCCUGACAGAGAAGAUGUGCAAGGGCUACCUGGUUAAGAUGGGGGGCAAGAUAAAGUCUUGGAAGAAACGCUGGUUUGUCUUCGACCGCAUGAAGCGCACGCUCUCCUACUACGUGGAUAAACACGAGACAAAGCUGAAGGGCGUCAUCUACUUCCAAGCCAUCGAAGAGGUUUACUACGACCACCUCCGCAGCGCCGCUAAGAGCCCCUAACCCGGCGCUGACGUUCUGCGUGAAGACCCACGACCGCCUCUACUACGUGGUGGCCCCGUCGGCCGAGGCCAUGCGCAUCUGGAUGGACGUCAUCGUCACGGGGGCCGAGGGCUACACGCAGUUCAUGAGCUGAGGGCUUUGGUGGGGUGAAGGGAGGAGAUUCCGGGGACCCUCGAGGAGCCGGGGCUGUGUUUGUGUGUUCUGUUUUUUUAACGUCGACUUUUUCAAAACAA